AUGGCCGACCAUCCCCACCUGGCCAGGUCCUCAUCUAACCUCUCACAAUCACACUCAGCCUCGAGUUCAGUCAGGCCUCGCAACCGCCGCCCCAUAAACGCUGAUUCCGACGAUGCGAAUAGCCAUUAUGACGACCAGCCAAGGGGUUCGGGUUCCGGCCUCCUCUCGGCAUUCUCCCCCUCGACCAGCCGAUCCGUCAGCCCAUUCCCCACAGCUGCAACAAGUAACAGCAAUAACAUACCCUCCCGCUCAGCCGGCGGGAGCCCAAACCGCAACACAGCCGGCAGCACCACGGGAGACCUAGGCCAGUUCUUCUCGGAAACCUGGACCCAGAGCUGGUCCUCGGUUCAAGAUAUAACAACCACUUUCUUCUCCAACGUUGGCCAGGGCAAGACACUUCUCAACUCGAAUACCGGCCUAGCAUCACAGCCAUCUUCGUCCAGGCAGAGCCCACGCGGCAGACGCCCCUCACUAGCGGGUGACCGGAAGCCCGCCGCAUCGUGGGGGCCCGCGCCGCCACCAAAGUCCAAGAGGCCCGGCCCGGACGAUGUGGCCGCCGGAUCUUUGGCCGAGAGGGAGGCUGCUCUGAAAGCAGCCAAAACGGCCAGCGUGCUGGAGAGUCACGACGGUGUCAACGGCGGCCUCGACGUGUCGGGAAAGCAUAAGCGCAGGAACUCGGACGAGGUAGCCGAUAACAGUACUAGCCGCGGUGAAGACGACUACCUUGUCUACGUCCACAAGGUGCGACCUGAGGACACGUAUGCCGGCCUUAUCCUCCGCUACAAGUGCCGUGAGGACGCCUUUCGCCGCGCAAACGGUCUCUGGUCCCGCGACACCAUCCAGACGCGCAGGUGGCUGACCAUUCCCGUCGCCGCCUGUGAUAUCCGUGGUCGGCCGUGCGAUCCGCCCGCAGACAUCAAUAACGAUAACGACAACGGUAAUAGUAAACAAGAUGACGUCGAUCUUCUCUCGAGAACACCCGAGAGCAACGGCUGCCACCCACCUCAGACGUAUCACGACGACUACUUCAACAAAUCGACAGAUGAGCCAUCAACGUCCAACAAGCAGGAUGGAGAAGAUGACAAGCCAUGGACCCACCUCCGCUGGGUCAAGAUUGACACGAUCCCCGAGCCCGUAGAGAUUGGCCGUGUGGCCCGCGGCACAAUGGGCUAUUUCCCGCCGCGGAGGCGGAGAAGCAUCAGGACCAUGUCGUCAGUAUCGACCCCUCGGCAGAGCCUGGACCUUCCUGAGUCAGUGCUGGACGGGGGACCCUCACCCCGGCGCCCCAGCUCGCUCAGCAGCCGUCCACAGUUCUCAGGAACGCCCACGUCCAGCUGGAGUCGGAUAGGGAGCGACGCAGGCGACAACCGCCCAGCAUGGAUGAAGCGCCCGGGAGGCGUGGGCACCAUGGGCCGUAACGCCAGGGCUCCAGGACCAGAUAAGGACGUCCUGAACACCUGGACAAGGAAGCACAUACCCGGGCUCAACAUUGAGGGCAUGCCAUCCAUGGCCAUUACGGGCUCAGAACUUGCCAAGCUUGGCUUUCAGAGCGACCCCAAUAUUGCCCAAACGGCCUACGAGGACACGGCGCGCCGUCAGCAGCAGCAGAGCAACGGCUUCGACCGGGCCGCCUCUACCGUUGAGACGUGGGUCCGCGGCGCAUGGGCCAAGCGUCCUGGCACUCCUCUUCUGCGACCCUUGGGUGGUGGGGACCGCGUUGACGGCACCACCGACCUAAUUGAGCUGACGGAUACGACGAGUGACGACGGCCGCGAUAGUCGUCAACCCCCUGGCCCGGGAAACCUGAUUCGCAGCGUUUCGAUGGGUGCUACGAGUCUGGAGGGCGAUGAAAUGCCCAUCUGCAUCGAGUGCCGGUACCCGGUCAAGACGCUAUGGACGUCAUACUCGGCUGCGGGGGAUAAGUCGAGCGGGCACAACAUCCGACUGACAGUGUGCAAGCGCUGCGGGCGCUUCUGCGACAAGUACGUCGAGCAUGACUUUGUCGUUCUCUUCAUCGACCUGGUGCUCAUCAAGCCGCAGGUGUAUCGACACCUGCUGCACAACUCAUUGAUGCGCGACGGCGACCGAUUUGAUCCGUCCAUUAUUCGACUUGGCGUCUUGCUGCUGCUGUUUGACGUCUAUCUUACGUGGGCGCGCAUAGAGAAGCAGGCUCAACCAGAUUUCUUCCCGCCCGGACAGAGUAAUCUGGGGAAGCUGGCGCAGCAGCCCAUUGUGUUCCAAUACCUAUUCUUCUUAACCCUCUGCGCCUCCUCGACCGUUGCCUUUCACGCAAGCAUACGAUUCCUCACCUCGUCUCCCUGGUCACCCCUCGCGGUGCUGGGGGUUUUGCCCCGGUACACACGCCCCAACUCAGUCUCGACAGCCCUCCUAGUGUCCUCGUCCACCAAGCUGUUCCCCAUCCUCAUGGUGAUAUGGGAGUACGAUGUGCCAGCAGCGGCGCGGUUGCUGGGCUGGGCCGUCGUCGCCAACAAUGUCGAGGCACUACGUAUCCUGCUCGACUGUAAGUAUUACGCUGCCUGCGUGCUGGCCGUGGCAGGGGCGGCGGCGCGAUGGGCCAUGGGACGUCUCGUCCUCAUCACGGCAGGGCUGGGACACGUCGAUUCUAUAGGGGGAGGGAGCAUGGCUGCCGACGGGAGGGCGCUCUGGGGCCUGGUCAUGUAUGCUAAGCAGUGGGCCGGCAGGCUGGCUGUGGGCUAG